AUGUGGACCCUGGCUGCUGUGGUGGCCUCCCUGACGGUGGCCUUGUCAAAAGGCAUCUCGCGGGAGCACCCCAAGAUUCUCAACGGCACUGACGGAGCCAAUGGUUUCCUACCAGGUGGCUACACCUGCCUGCCCCACUCCCAGCCCUGGCAGGCGGCCCUGCUAGUGCAAGGGCGGCUACUCUGUGGGGGAGUCCUGGUCCACCCCAAGUGGGUCCUCACGGCAGCACACUGUCUGAAAGAUGAGUACAGAGUUUACCUGGGCAAGCACGCACUGGGGCGUGUGGAGACCGGCGAGCAGGUGAGGGAGGUAGCCCGCUCUCUCCCCCACCCUCAGUACCGGAUCAGCCCCACCCACAUGAACCAUGACCACGACAUCAUGCUUCUGGAGCUGCAGUCCCCGGUCCAGCUCACAGGCUACGUCCGUGUCCUGCCCCUUUCCCACGAGGACUGCUUCCCCCCUGGCACCUGCUGUCGGGUGUCUGGCUGGGGCACCACCACCAGCCCCCAGGUAAGUUACCCCCAAACCCUGCAGUGUGCCAACAUCCAGCUGCGCUCGGAUGAGGAGUGUCGCCAGGUGUACCCCGGGAAGAUCACGCGCAACAUGCUGUGUGCCGGCACCAAGGAGGGUGGCAAGGACUCCUGCGAGGGUGAUUCUGGGGGCCCCCUGGUCUGUAACGGAACACUCCAUGGCAUAAUCUCCUGGGGAGACUUCCCGUGCGGGCAGCCUGACCGGCCUGGCGUCUACACUCGAGUGUCCCAGUACGUUCCAUGGAUCCACGAGACGAUACGAAAGCACAAAACCGAGGAGCAGAAAUGGACGAGAGACCCACAGUGA